UAUAACCUCACUUUAUUGUUAUUGUUUUUCCCCUUUUUCCACAACAAUAAAAAUUAUAUUUUCCAACUGAAAAACCAAAAUUUUACCAACAAAAUGUGGUCUAAUUACGAUGAAGAUCUGUCCCAGAACGAAUUCUUCAAACAAAUCAAAGAAAAUCACGCCGAUAUCCUGGAAAAAGCAGCACAAGAAGGCUGGAUCGUUUGCGUACCAAGAAAGGGAAUCCUUAAAAGUGAGGAUUUUUCGAUGCAGCUAAUUCUUGAUCAUAUUUUAAUACCAAACAGCGAAGAUCAUUAUACUACUAUGAACAAAAAAGAUGUACAAUUAAAUAAGCGUUGCUUGAUACUUGAUCAAAAUAAUAUUUUCCACACGGAUGUGGAAGUACUUUUCGAAGAGACUCAUUACAUAGAAAAAUCUGUUAAGUAUUUAGUUUGGUGUGUCAAUUCGCCACUGUUUCUACGUAGAACUAGAAAACACAGUCUUACUCCUGUAGUGUUAACAUCAAUACAAGAUUGUAUAGACUUUUUAUAUUUAGAAGGAUUUGGUCGCAACUUGCUGGAAAGCAUACAAAAUCUUUGUGUAAAAUUUUGGACAACUCAUAAUAAUGAGUUCGAAAUGGAAACAUUACAAAGUCAAAAAGAUUCUAUAGGAAAUCUGUAUUCGCAAUGCUUACAGCUAUGUUUCAAAAGUGAUAUUAUUAGAGAUAAGUGCGACAAAAAUAUAAAUUAUUUGGAUAAUUUUAAAUUAUCAAUUGAAACUUAUAUGCAAUAUUGUCUUGGUAAGAAAUUAAUGUAUAGUGUAAAUACUUUGGAACAUUUCACUGAUUGUAUUGUUAAUAAAAUUAUACGCAAUUCAUUUAAUGUAGGCUUAGAAGAUUUAAAUAUUUCUAUUGAUCUAAACGAAUUAAUUAUUGAUGCCAAAUAUGAGAUAUCAAGGAUCAAUAGUUUUAUAACAGUUUUAGACAAAAUUAAUUGUUUGUCGAGGAUUUUUAAUAUUUUCAAUAAUAAAACCUUAAAAGACAAUCAAACAUUUUACGUUACUUCAGAUGAUUAUUUGCAAAUUUUAAUUUAUUUAAUAUUGAAAACCAACAAUCCAAAUUGGGUGGCUAAUUUAACAUACAUCAAAGAGUUUCAAUUUACUGAUAACAGUCAAACGAAUUUUUUUGUUGUGAACCUAGAGGCAGCAAUAUCUUUUAUCAAAAGCAACGAGUUUCUUAAUACUAAAAAAUCAAGUUGCGACAAUACUAUUUUCAGUAAACUAUAUAAUAAAUUCAAAAACAAGCAAAAUAUUGCAGAGCUGUAUAAGUUAAUGCAAGGCGAAAAGGCGCAAUUAUGUCAUCCCUUGUGUUCGUGCCCUAAAUGUGAAACAAAAAAACCCCAUGAUAAACCAUAUAAAAUAUUAAACAACUUGAAUCAAAACUUUCUUAUAAUUGCUUCAAUGGAAAAUCAACUAGAUUUUUUAGAAUUCCUACUCACUCUUGACUAUGAGAUUGAUUUUCAAGACGAUUUUGGUAAAACAGCUUUACAUUAUGCAGCUGAAAUAGGCCUCCAAGACAUUUUAAUGCUUUUAAUCAAUGCCCAAGCAAAUGUAAAUAUUUUGGACAAUGAUAAAAACACUGCACUUCAUUUGGCUUGCGAUAGAGGCCACGACAAUUGUGUCAAAGCUCUUAUUUACUCUUCGCCAUUUGUUGAAAUUAAUUUACAAAACACUUCAGGUGAAACCCCACUAUUUCUUGCUACUAGAUGGGGAUAUUUUGAUAUUAUUAAAAUUUUACUUGAAAAUGGAGCCUCAGUAUGCAUUAAAAACAAUAGAGAUUUAAGCAUAUACAAAUUGUCACCCAAUUUGUAUAUUACAAAACUUUUUAAACAAUUUGGAAAACAAAAAAGCAAUAACAUUAUUAAAGAAGUUAUUAAUUCUACUAAAACCCAAGAUAUUAUUUUAAAUAUUUCUGAGGCAUGUUCAAAUAAAUUACUCACAGGGCUUCAACAACAAGGCCUAACUUUGGGCACUCCAGCAAAAUCUCCCAACGAAUUAAAAAAACUUGAUUUAUUAUUUAAAGCAAUUAUCAAUAAUGAUUUGCCUUUGAGUUGUUUUUAUUUAGGCUACAACAGUAACACUUUGGAUUAUGAUAAUACAAAAUGUCACCCUUUAUGCACUUGCAACAAAUGUUCAAAUAAUGAAGAUGACUCUGUAUUAGCAUCAAACAUUACUCUUGAUAAGUUUAAUGUAAAUAUGUGCAACAUUGAAGGAUUUACUCCCUUGCACUUGGCAGCUAAAUAUGGUAGAACCGAAAUUUUGAGGAUUCUUUUAGAUUCUGGUGCCCCUUUAAAUGUUUGUGAUAACAAAACCUUUUACACCCCACUCCACUUGGCUGUAAUGUUUCAAAGAGUACAAACUGUUAAGGAAUUGUUAAAAUGCGGAAAUUGUAAUGUUGAUGCUCAGGAUGUUAAAGGAAACACUCCAUUGUAUUAUGCGUGUGUUAGGAAUAGUAAUAAUUUAAAGAUUAUUGAAAGUCUGUUGCAAAAUGGGGCCGAUUGUCAAAAGAGAAAUUGCAAAGAACAAACUGUUUUGCAAAUAUGCGAAGUGAAAAAUUUGUUUAGGGUUUGUAGGAUGUUGAGGGAAAGCAUGGGGUAUCCGGCUUUAGCCAAAUUGGACAAAGCUUGUAGUAUUAGUAAUGAAAAUUAUUUUGAUGACGAUGUUAACGGUUUUGAAUUUUUAUAGGCAUUUUUAUUUCUUUAUAAUUUGGCUGUUUGUUUUUGUUAUAUGAUUGUAAUACACUUUUAUAUUGGACAUUU